AUGACUUACACCAUCACCAUCGUACCCGCCUCGACCCAGGCCGGAAGAGAGACCAUCAUGACCCUCCUAAGAGAUGCUUCAAAGCCCAUUGUUCGUGGCAUUUAUCGCGAUCCGAGCAAGGCACCUCCCGAGUUCACCGCCAGCUCAAACUUCACCGCAGUCCAAGGCGACGUGUCCGCCAGCCGCCUGGACUUCACCGGCUCAGACGCCGUGUUCUACAUCCCUCCGCCUCCAUUUCACUCUGGCGAUGUCGAUCUGAUUGAAUUCGCUACGAACGCAGCGAAGAACGUCAAAGACGCCAUUGAGGAAGCGGGCUCGGUCAAGAGGCUUUUGGUGUUCUCAGCCUUGGGGGCAGAGAACGACCACGGCAUCGGCAUCCUCAAGAUCAACCACAUCUCAGACCAGAUCCUCAAGACCGCCGCGCCGGAAGUAGCCAUCGUCAAGCCGGGCUACUUCGCGGAAAACUGGACCGCGGCGUUUGAGACCGCCAAGGCUGAGCCGCCUGUGCUGUACUCCCCGCUGACCCCGGCCAGCCACAAAGUCCCGAUGGUCAGCCUCGUCGACAUCCGCGAAACCUGUGCACGCAUCCUGCUUGACCUCGCAACCCUGUUGCCCCAGCGCACUCACGCCUUCGAGCUCUACGGGCCUCGACACUACAGCACGGAGGACGUCCGCGACGCGGUCGAGGAAAUCACCGGCAAGAAGGUCGGCAUCGUGGCGAUUGAGGUGGACCAGCUGGCAGGGUUCUACGCGCAGGAGGGCAUCCCGACUGGGUUGGUGCCGGAGAUGGUGGAGUUCACGACUGCUGGGCUGCCGGGCGGGAUUAUGGAAGGAAAGUUUGGCGGGAACGAGGAUACGGUUUGGGGCAAGGUUGAGCUGGUUGAUGCGCUGCGAAGAGUGAACAAGGCAUGA